CACCGUCGUUCUCCGAUCCAGUGCGGCCUUACUUCGUUUUUCUCUUAGAUUCGUCCACCGUGACCUCUGCCUGGCGACGGCAACAUUAAGAGACGACGAAGACACGACAACAACCUCCCAUCUGAUCGGCACUCUUAGAUCUCCUUCUUCUUGGCGACACGACGGCAGUGACGGCCUUUUUUGCAGCUCACCAUAGUGACCAGACGGUCCACACUGGAGUUGGAGCACAUCUACACCUACUAUUUCAUACUUUGAAUUAAGUCAUUAGGGUUUCUUAACUUGAAUGCUGUAGUCCGAAAUGUGGAACCAAGAGAUGUGGAAUAACAACGCACCGCCUGGCACAUCUGGGGGAGCACCAGCUCUCCCACCCGGAACAGGUGGUGCGCUGCCGCCAAUAAUGCCUCCUGGAACAAGUGGGGCAGCUCCUUGCACUAGCGGUGGCCUACAUCCACCGCCUUCGUAUACUGUUUUGCCAACAGAGGCUCAGCUCGAAGAGAAAGCCCGGAAAUGGAUGCAGUUGAAUUCGAAGAGAUACAGUGACAAAAGAAAGUUCGGUUUUGUGGAGACUCAGAAAGAGGAUAUGCCUCCUGAGCAUGUUAGGAAGAUUAUACGGGACCAUGGAGACAUGUCUUCUAAAAAGUACCGUCAUGAUAAACGUGUUUACCUUGGAGCUCUCAAGUUUGUUCCACAUGCUGUUUACAAGCUCCUUGAAAACAUGCCCAUGCCUUGGGAACAAGUGCGUGAAGUGAAGAUUCUGUAUCACAUUACUGGUGCUAUCACAUUUGUUAACGAGAUACCUUGGGUCGUAGAGCCAAUCUAUCUAGCACAGUGGGGUACAAUGUGGAUUAUGAUGCGGCGAGAAAAGAGAGAUCGUAGGCAUUUCAAAAGAAUGCGUUUUCCUCCAUUUGACGACGAGGAGCCGCCGCUUGAUUAUGCUGAUAAUCUUUUAGAUGUCGAUCCUUUGGAGCCAAUUCAGUUGGAGUUGGAGGAAGAAGAAGAUUCUGCAGUUUAUAACUGGUUUUAUGAUCAUAAACCUCUAGUGAAAACAAAGCUUAUUAACGGUCCUAGUUACAGAAGGUGGCACUUAUCUCUUCCAAUUAUGGCAACACUACACCGCCUCGCUGGGCAGCUGCUUUCAGAUUUAACCGAUCACAAUUAUUUUUAUUUGUUUGAUAUGCACUCUUUCUUCACAGCUAAAGCAUUGAACAUGUGCAUUCCUGGUGGACCCAAAUUUGAGCCUCUGUAUCGUGAUAUGGAAAAAGGCGAUGAAGACUGGAAUGAAUUUAAUGACAUCAAUAAAUUGAUCAUUAGGUCACCUCUCAGGACUGAGUACAGAAUUGCAUUCCCCCAUCUCUACAAUAACAGGCCAAGGAAAGUGAAGCUUUGUGUUUAUCAUACUCCUAUGAUCAUGUACAUCAAAACUGAGGAUCCCGAUCUGCCAGCUUUUUAUUACGAUCCUUUGAUACAUCCGAUAACAUCUAAGGAGAAAAAGGAAAAGAGAAGUCAUGAAGAUGAGGAUGAUGAAGAUUUUGAAUUGCCUGAGGGUGUUGAACCAUUGCUCAAAGAUACCCCACUAUAUACUGAUACUACUGCAGCGGGUAUAUCACUUCUGUUUGCCCCGCGUCCAUUUAACAUGAGAUCUGGCCGCACUCGACGUGCUGAGGAUAUACCACUAGUUUCAGAGUGGUACAAGGAACAUUGUCCACCAUCAUAUCCUGUCAAGGUCCGUGUCAGUUACCAGAAAUUGUUGAAAUGCUUUGUGCUUAAUGAACUGCAUCAUAGGCCACCUAAGGCUCAGAAGAAGAAACACCUAUUCCGUUCUCUACAGGCUACAAAAUUUUUUCAAACCACAGAACUUGAUUGGGCCGAAGCUGGCCUUCAAGUUUGCAAGCAGGGAUAUAAUAUGUUGAAUCUCCUGAUUCACAGAAAGAAUCUAAACUAUCUUCACCUUGAUUAUAACUUCAAUCUCAAGCCUGUGAAGACACUUACAACCAAGGAACGCAAGAAAUCUCGCUUUGGUAAUGCUUUCCAUCUUUGUCGUGAAAUUCUACGUUUGACAAAGCUUGUAGUUGACGCGAAUGUCCAGUUCCGUUUGGGGAACGUAGAUGCAUUUCAGUUGGCAGAUGGCUUGCAGUACAUAUUUUCACAUGUUGGCCAGUUGACUGGAAUGUAUAGAUACAAGUACCGGCUCAUGAGACAGAUUAGGAUGUGCAAGGAUUUGAAGCAUUUGAUUUAUUACCGAUUCAAUACUGGUCCGGUUGGGAAGGGGCCUGGUUGUGGGUUCUGGGCACCAAUGUGGAGAGUAUGGCUGUUUUUCCUUCGUGGCAUAGUGCCUCUUUUGGAAAGAUGGCUGGGAAAUUUACUUGCUAGGCAAUUUGAGGGACGUCAUUCUAAAGGAGUAGCUAAAACUGUUACCAAACAGCGUGUGGAAAGUCACUUUGACUUGGAACUUCGUGCUGCAGUUAUGCAUGAUGUACUUGAUGCUAUGCCAGAGGGUAUCAAGCAAAACAAAGCAAGGACCAUCUUGCAGCAUCUAAGCGAGGCUUGGCGUUGUUGGAAAGCCAAUAUUCCAUGGAAGGUGCCUGGCUUACCAGUUCCCAUUGAGAACAUGAUUCUUCGGUAUGUGAAAUCAAAGGCAGAUUGGUGGACAAAUGUUGCCCACUAUAAUCGAGAACGUAUUAGAAGAGGUGCAACUGUUGACAAGACAGUGUGUCGAAAAAAUCUUGGGAGAUUGACCCGUCUAUGGUUGAAGGCAGAACAGGAACGUCAGCACAACUACCUGAAGGAUGGUCCUUAUGUCACACCAGAAGAAGCAGUGGCUAUUUAUACCACUACUGUGCAUUGGUUGGAGUCGAGGAAAUUUUCUCCUAUUCCAUUCCCACCUUUGUCAUAUAAGCAUGAUACGAAGCUUCUAAUUCUUGCUCUCGAGAGAUUAAAAGAAUCUUACAGUGUGGCUGUAAGGUUAAAUCAGCAGCAAAGGGAAGAGCUAGGUCUCAUUGAGCAAGCUUAUGACAAUCCACAUGAGGCAUUGUCAAGGAUUAAGCGUCAUCUGCUCACCCAGCGCGCCUUCAAAGAAGUUGGCAUUGAGUUCAUGGACUUGUAUAGUUAUCUGAUUCCAGUCUAUGAGAUUGAGCCACUUGAGAAGAUCACUGAUGCAUACCUUGACCAAUAUCUAUGGUAUGAAGGUGAUAAGCGAGUGGACAAGGGUUUAACCCAAUUUGGACGACUAAGUCUCGGUGGCGGUGAAGAUCAGAUGUUCACCACGGUCCCGCUUCUCAGGUUGGUGCUAGACCACAAUAUUGCUGAUUAUGUCACCGCAAAGAACAAUGUUGUGUUGUCUUAUAAAGACAUGAGCCACACAAAUGCAUAUGGAUUAAUACGUGGUCUGCAGUUUGCAUCUUUUGUUGUUCAGUAUUAUGGGCUUGUACUUGAUCUUUUGCUUCUGGGGUUGACUCGAGCGAGUGAAAUUGCUGGUCCGCCACAGAUGCCGAAUGAGUUCAUUACUUAUAAUGAUACCCGAGUUGAGAAACGGCAUCCCAUUCGUUUGUACUCUAGGUACAUUGAUAAGGUGCAUAUACUGUUUCGCUUCACUCAUGAAGAGGCUCGGGAUCUCAUCCAGCGAUAUCUUACUGAGCAUCCUGAUCCUAAUAAUGAAAACAUGGUUGGUUAUAACAAUAAAAAGUGCUGGCCAAGAGAUGCACGGAUGAGACUCAUGAAACAUGAUGUUAAUCUUGGAAGAAGUGUCUUCUGGGACAUGAAGAACCGACUGCCAAGAAGCAUCUCCACAUUGGAAUGGGAGAACAGUUUUGUCUCAGUGUACAGUAAAGAUAACCCGAACUUGCUCUUCAGCAUGUGUGGGUUUGAGGUUCGGAUAUUGCCAAAGAUAAGAAUGACUCAAGAGGCAUUCAGCAAUACACGGGAUGGAGUUUGGAAUCUGCAGAAUGAGCAGACGAAGGAACGCACAGCCAUCGCUUUUUUGAGGGUGGAUGAUGAGCAUAUGAAGGUGUUUGAGAAUCGUGUUCGGCAGAUCCUCAUGUCCUCUGGCUCUACAACGUUUACAAAGAUUGUUAACAAGUGGAAUACAGCUCUUAUAGGUCUCAUGACAUACUUCCGGGAAGCAACAGUGCAUACUCAGGAGCUUCUGGAUCUUCUGGUCAAAUGUGAAAAUAAAAUACAAACUCGCAUCAAGAUAGGGUUGAAUUCAAAAAUGCCCAGCAGGUUCCCUCCUGUAAUCUUCUAUACCCCGAAGGAAAUUGGAGGACUAGGAAUGCUGUCAAUGGGUCACAUAUUGAUCCCUCAGAGUGAUCUCCGAUAUAGUCAGCAAACAGAUGUUGGAGUGUCCCAUUUCAGGAGUGGGAUGACUCAUGACGAAGACCAACUGAUUCCUAAUCUUUACAGAUACAUACAGCCAUGGGAGAGUGAGUUUAUUGAUUCACAGAGAGUUUGGGCUGAGUAUGCAUUGAAGAGGCAGGAAGCCCAGGCUCAGAACAGGCGUUUGACUCUUGAAGAUCUUGAAGAUUCUUGGGAUCGUGGGAUACCCCGUAUAAAUACUUUGUUCCAAAAAGAUCGUCACACCCUCGCAUAUGACAAAGGAUGGAGAGUAAGGACUGAUUUUAAACAGUACCAAGUUCUCAAGCAAAAUCCUUUCUGGUGGACACAUCAGAGACAUGAUGGAAAGCUUUGGAACCUGAACAACUAUCGGACAGAUGUAAUUCAAGCUCUCGGAGGAGUUGAAGGAAUUCUUGAGCAUACACUAUUUAAGGGAACAUACUUCCCUACAUGGGAGGGGCUUUUUUGGGAAAAGGCUUCAGGUUUUGAGGAGUCCAUGAAGUACAAGAAAUUGACAAAUGCACAGAGAUCUGGGCUGAACCAAAUCCCUAACCGUAGGUUCACACUAUGGUGGUCACCUACAAUAAAUCGUGCCAAUGUUUAUGUUGGUUUCCAAGUGCAACUGGAUUUGACUGGGAUAUUCAUGCAUGGAAAGAUACCAACUCUAAAGAUCUCAUUGAUACAGAUAUUCCGUGCACACUUGUGGCAGAAGAUACAUGAGAGUGUGGUCAUGGAUCUUUGCCAGGUUCUUGAUCAGGAGUUAGAUGCCUUGGAAAUUGAAACAGUGCAGAAGGAAACAAUUCACCCCAGGAAGAGCUACAAAAUGAACAGCUCAUGUGCUGACAUCCUUCUAUUUGCUGCACAUAGAUGGCUAAUGUCAAAACCUAGUCUUGUUGCUGAGUCAAAGGAUGUCUUUGACCAAAAGGCAAGUAACAAGUACUGGAUUGAUGUGCAGCUUAGAUGGGGUGACUAUGAUUCUCAUGACAUUGAGCGAUACACUCGAGCAAAGUUCAUGGAUUACACGACUGACAACAUGUCAAUUUAUCCAUCACCAACUGGGGUAAUGAUUGGACUUGACCUUGCUUACAAUCUGCAUUCUGCCUUUGGAAACUGGUUCCCUGGGUCAAAGCCUUUGCUUGCUCAAGCCAUGAACAAGAUUAUGAAGUCAAAUCCUGCACUGUAUGUUUUGAGAGAACGAAUAAGGAAGGGGCUGCAAUUGUAUUCUUCAGAACCUACAGAGCCGUAUCUCUCAUCACAGAACUACGGAGAAAUAUUUAGCAAUCAGAUAAUUUGGUUUGUUGAUGACACAAAUGUGUAUCGAGUUACUAUCCACAAGACAUUCGAGGGGAAUUUAACCACCAAACCUAUUAAUGGUGCAAUAUUCAUUUUUAAUCCAAGGACAGGGCAACUGUUUCUGAAGGUCAUUCACACAAGUGUAUGGGCUGGACAAAAGCGGUUGGGCCAACUUGCCAAGUGGAAAACAGCUGAGGAAGUGGCUGCUUUGGUGCGUUCUUUACCUGUUGAGGAACAACCAAAGCAAAUUAUUGUGACUCGUAAAGGAAUGCUGGAUCCAUUGGAGGUUCACUUGCUUGAUUUUCCAAAUAUUGUGAUCAAGGGGAGUGAGUUGCAGCUACCCUUCCAGGCUUGUCUUAAAAUUGAGAAGUUCGGUGAUUUGAUACUAAAAGCUACAGAACCACAGAUGGUUUUAUUCAAUAUAUACGAUGAUUGGUUGAAAAGCAUCUCCUCGUACACAGCAUUCUCCAGACUUAUCCUCAUCUUGCGUGCACUUCAUGUGAACAAUGAGAAGGCUAAGAUGUUACUGAAGCCUGAUAAGUCAGUUGUCACUGAAACACACCAUAUCUGGCCUUCUCUCACUGAUGACCAGUGGAUGAAGGUUGAGGUUGCUCUCAGAGAUCUCAUACUCUCUGACUAUGCAAAGAAGAACAAUGUUAACACAUCAGCAUUGACUCAGUCUGAGAUGCGUGACAUUAUACUCGGAGCUGAAAUCACUCCCCCAUCACAACAGCGGCAACAGAUCGCAGAGAUAGAGAAACAGGCAAAAGAUAAUACUCAGCUGACUGCAGUCACAACAAGGACCACCAACGUCCAUGGUGAAGAAUUAAUUGUCACUACAACGAGUCCUUAUGAGCAGGCUAACUAUGCCUCAAAGACUGAUUGGCGAGUGAGAGCCAUUUCAGCCACAAAUCUUUAUCUCAGAGUUAACCAUAUUUAUGUGAAUUCUGAGGAUAUAAAGGAAACGGGUUAUACCUACAUCAUGCCGAAAAACAUUUUGAAGAAGUUCAUUUGCAUUGCUGAUCUUCGAACCCAGAUUGCUGGGUAUUUGUAUGGAGUAAGUCCUCCAGAUAACCCACAGGUAAAGGAAAUUCGUUGUAUUGCCAUGCCACCACAAUGGGGCACCCACCAGCAAGUGCACCUACCAUCUGCACUUCCUGAUCACGACUUCUUGAAUGAUUUGGAGCCUUUGGGAUGGAUGCACACUCAACCUAAUGAACUCCCACAGUUAUCACCACAAGACGUUACUUCUCACGCGAGGAUUCUUGAGAACAACAGGCAAUGGGAUGGGGAAAGGUGUAUCAUUUUGACGUGCAGCUUCACACCUGGGUCUUGCUCAUUAACUGCUUACAAAUUGACACCAAGUGGGUACGAGUGGGGACGUGCUAAUAAGGAUACAGGAAGUAAUCCUCACGGUUACUUGCCUACCCAUUAUGAGAAGGUCCAGAUGCUACUCAGUGACCGCUUCCUAGGUUUUUACAUGAUACCUGACAAUGAGCCGUGGAAUUUCAACUUCAUGGGGGUGAGACACUCAGUUAGCAUGGGAUAUGGGGUGAAAUUAGGCACACCCCGUGAAUACUACCAUGAGGAUCACAGGCCCACUCAUUUCUUAGAGUUCAGCAACAUGGAGGAAGGUGAGAUUGCCGAAGCAGACCGAGAUGACACCUUUUCCUGAGCUUUUUCUUAAUCAAUGCGGCCGCAUUUCUCGCUUGGGAAGCGCACUUGUAAUCUUGUAUGACUACAAAUUUGACUAAAACUGCCAGAUGUUAACCGAAAGGAUGGGUCCUCAAGCUGGCAUGCAUCCCAACGAAAGCUAUGUUCAAUAUGUUUGGAAUAUGUAAAUAGAUAUGUACUGGGAUGAUUUUAACAUUGUGAUUUUGUUCAGCUAGCGGAGAUUGUAGCUUGCAGUGUAUAACUUGAGGUUCAUCUCGUGAGUGAUCUAAAUAGGGUGGCCAUGGAACCGGCCCGGGGUUUUGUUUGACAUAGAGACAUUAGCUAUGAUACCCUUUAUAUAGACACAAUGAGUAUCCUAAUACUAAUAUGCAAUUGAGAAGAGACAUAAUAAUACAAGCACACAUGAAAAAUAAAAUACAAAUUUCCAACAUUUAUUUAAAAAGUAAACACACCAUAACAGAGUAAAUGAAAAUGUUUAAAUAGUAGUAGUUCCACCAAAGGUCACUUCAUCACCAAUUUCAGCAUCAUCCAUGUAGAAAUCGGACACAUCAAAUUUAGGCAAAAUUGGAUUGAUAUCAUCAGCAUAAUUAGCUUCCACAUUUUUUCCUUUUCCUUUUGUGGAAGCCUGGUAUAAUUUAACCAAAUGUUUUGCCGUUCGACAUUCAUUCGCCCAGUGUCCUUUUAUGCCACAUUUGUAGCAUUCACCACUUGGUUUUGGCUUUUCAUAAGUUUUAGCCUGUGGUGGUUUGAAUUUUCCUU